AUGUAUGAACUGGCGUACAGAUUACAAUUUCAUAUCUCUACAAGGGGUGGGGUAAGCAAGGAAGGUGGCAGCUCGCGAAAUCUAAAUUCUGCGGUGUCGUACUCCAAGAGUCGAGGAGCUCUUUGUUCACCAUCGAAUGGAGGCUCAACCACGGAUCCCCCCACAUGUGCACCGAAACACUUCCAUUUAAACCUUGGUAGGGCUUCCUCACUGAAAAAGAGCUAUCAACGACUCAUCAACCUCUAA